GAUAGGUGGCUGUGGGGCAGGCUGGAUGGGCAGAUGGGUGGGUAGUUGUGGGGCUGGCUGGGCAGGCAGAUGGAUAGGUGGCUGUGGGGUAGGCUGCACCAGUAGAUGGGCAGGAGCUGUGGGGCAAGCUGGGCGAGUGGCAGCCUGAAUGGAUAGGUGGACAAGUAGCUGUGUGACAGGCAGGGCAAUGAGUGGAUGGAUGGUUGUUCAGCAGAAUGGGGAGCAACUCGGCAGAUGGCUAUACUGCAAGCUAGUCUUGCUAAUGUGUGUACAUUUCCCUCCACAAACAGUCUGAGUGAUGCCAGCAUUUGCCACUGCAUCAGAUUGGCAAUGAAAGUUUAGACCCUGUUCCUGGUAAUUCUCACAUGCACAUGUACCUGGCCUAUUUCGCAUGAAAAUGAGUCGGUUAUAUGAUAGCAUAGAGCCAAAUGUGAUUGAUGAAAAGAUGCUUCAAAAAGCUGUGGAAGAGCAAGGCCCCCAAGAGGAAUUAGGGCAGCUUGCCAAAAGGGAAGGCAUUGAUUAUAAAGAUGUUUUAGAGCUACAGCUUGAUUUUAGAAAUAUCCUAAAGAUCGACAACCUAUGGCAGUUUGUGAAUCUGACUAAACUACAGCUAGACAACAACAUCAUUGAGAAGAUAGAGUCACUGGACAGUCUGGUUCACCUAGUCUGGCUUGAUUUGUCCUUCAACAAUAUUGAGGUCAUUGAAGGUCUGGAAUCUCUGGUUAAACUGCAGGACUUGAGCCUCUACAACAAUAGAAUAUCUAAGAUUGAGAAUUUGGACACAUUACAAGAGCUACAGGUCUUUUCUAUAGGAAACAAUAAUAUAACUGCUUUGGAAAAUGUGGUCUACCUCAGGAAGUUUAAAAACCUACGUACAUUGAAUCUCACUGGGAACCCUCUCUGUGAAAAUGAACAGUAUUCAAUGUUUAUUGCUGCUCACCUUCCAGAUCUGGUGUACUUGGACUUCAGGCUUGUGGAUGAGAACACACGAGAAGUUGCAGAAAUGAAAUAUCAGUAUGCCAUUGAUGAGCUAAAGCAAGGUGAAGCUCAGGUCCUGGCUAAGCUAGAGGAAGAGCAGGCUAAGGAGAAAGAGUUGGAGUACCACAAGGCUGCUUAUGUUGAGUACCUGAAUGGACCCUUCUUAUUUGAGAGUAUGUAUGCAGAAGAUACAGAAGCUGUCAGACUGGCUUACCUCCCUGGCAUGGCUGAUCUGCUGGAGACAUACAAGAAUAAAUUUGUAUCCAUUUGUGAGAACCUCUUUGCCUAUGGUCUGAAAGAGCAUGAAAAGCGACAAGCAGAAGUCUCAACCUUCUAUGAGUGCCUUGAAGAAGCAAUACAGGACAGUCAACGGCAAGGCAUACAAAUAAUCCUAGAUUUUGAAAACUACAAUGAGGGGCUGUUGGACCUCAUUCAAAAUACAAGUAGUUUAGAGAUUGCAGAGUCUAAACUUGUGAAGUACAAUGAGGACAUCAGUCAGCUCUCAGACACACUUAUGACCCUGGAAAUGCAGAUGGUUGACCAGCUAGAGGAAAUAAUAAAGGAUUUUGAAAGAAACAUUGCCGAUCAGGUGUCAACAUUUAUCGAGAACGUCCAAGGGAUGAUGGUUCAGUGCCGGGAUCUAGAAAAUCAUCACCAUGAGAAACUGCUGGAGAUUGCAAUCAACACUCUGGAAAAGAUAGUCAAGAGCGAGUUUGAUGAGGAUAUGCCAGAUGACGUUCGACUGCUUUUUGUGGACAAAGACACCAUUGUCAACGCAGUGAACGCCUCCCAUGAUAUUCACCUGCUGAAGAUUGAUAACAGAGAGGACGACAUCAUCACCAAAGCCAACAGCUGGUCGUCUUCAGUGAUCGAUGAGGUUCACAAGAAGGAGAUCAGCAGAAACCGCAACCGUGUGCGAGAGAUCAAUCAAUACAUCGACCAUCUGCAGGAGGAGCUGGACAACAUGGAAAGCUUGGAGCAGAUGGAGUAGGUCAGCAUUGGCACCCCUGGUGGGACCCAGGCCUUGGUAAUUUAACAGGUGUACCUCACGCUCUGACAGCCCUCAUGUAAAUACUCCCUGACGAGGAUGUUUCAUCCGGGGCUGUCCCUCUCUGCCCCCAAAUUAUAUGCUAAUAAAAAUACUGUUUGAGUUUGGAAAAGCUCUGAAAGAGGA